CUCCAUAUCGUGAGACUCACACUCGCAUCAAAAACCCUUUCCUCACUUCCAGUUCCGGCGAAAGAUAAACACGAGAGUAGAAUCAGAGUCUGUACUCAAUCUUCUGGCCGGAAACCAUGGCGGCUCUACAACAAUCCGCAAUCGCCUUUCAAGCCAAAUCCCCACCUGCAACACGAGCCUCCGGUAAGGUUCUAGCCCCUAAAACCGUCCGAUUAUCGUUUUCCGGCAGCAUCUCAUCCCUCAGGAUCCCAAAACUUGCCACGAAACUGACCGGCAAAACCAGAACUCGAGGCGGAGGUGGGGGCGGUGCCGGCACAAAGAUGGCGGAUUCCGCGUCUGCAAGCUACGCCACCGCCCUUGCGGAUGUCGCGAAAUCAAACGGAACCUUGGAAGCAACCAGCGCAGACCUCGAGAAUAUCGAGAAGAUCUUCAGCGAACCUCUGGUGUACAACUACUUCGUUAACCCGACUGUCGGCGAGGAAAAGAAACGGGAGAUUGUCGACGAUAUUGUGAAGACGUCAAGCCUGCAACCACACGUGGCGAAUUUCUUGAACAUUCUGGUGGACAUGAAGCGGAUCGAGCUGAUCAAGGAAAUAGUGAAGGAAUUUGAGAUAGUGUACAACAAGAUUACUGAUACGGAGCUGGCGGUGGUGACUUCGGUGGUGAAGUUGGAGUCGCAGCACUUGGCACAAAUUGCAAAGGGGGUACAGAGGCUAACGGGAGCGAAGAACGUAAGGAUCAAGACCGAGCUCGAUCCCUCGCUCAUUGCAGGGUUCACCAUCAGAUAUGGAAGUUCAGGAUCUAAGCUAAUCGACAUGAGUGUGAAGAAACAGCUCGCAGAUAUCACUACUCAGCUCGAUUUCAGCGACAUCUCCAUCCCUGUUUAGAAGUCUUUGUAGAUAAGGUUUAGGGUUCGAAAUUUGGACUAAGAAGAAGAGCCAAAUUGGUCAUUCGGGCACCCUUUCUUUUUUGAUUUCCUCUUUUUCUUCUCCCUCUGUGAAUUCUUUCGAGCCAUUACUAUGUACUAUGUAUUGUAAUUGUACUCUGAUUGAUUGUUCUUC